ACGGCUGCCACUGACACUUGACAGUUAUCUUCACCAGUGACACCUCCUAUUUUCACUGCUUUCUGGAUUAAUCUGUCACUUGUCACAUUACAACCCCUUCCGUGUAAUAUACUCUUCGUUAUUAAAAUGAUUGAUUAAUUAUAACUUGGUCAAAUUUAUAAAUAAAAUAUAAGUGAAAAAGAAGAUAACGCAACACUUAAACGGAUUCGGCAUGUUAAAUAACGCAUGAAUCUGCUUUAUUUACAUAUGGGGAAAUAAAGGUCAUGGGAAUAAACAGUAGCAAAAGGCUAGCUGCAAAGUGCUCUUUUCUGUCGAAAGAUGAACAAAUUAUUGUUAGCAACUCAUUUAAGCUUGCAAGUAAAAAUUCAGAUAAAAUUAAAGAGGAAGAAAUAACGAAAUUAUGGGGUUCUCAAAUGGACGCUCGAUUAUUACAAUACAUUAACAACUACCUAUUCGGGAAAGGAGAGAUGCGGUCACAAACCGUCGAGUUGGAAAGAUACGCCGAGCUGUUUGUUUAUUGUACUCGUGGAACUGUCGACGAAAAAUUAAAAGUUUUAUUGCAGUCCUUGGGUAGGAAUGAUUCGGAAAGUGAUGAUGUGCCAUAUAUUUUAGUUAAAGAGUAUGUCGAGAGCAUAGUGUCAUCGUACAUGAAAAUACAAAAGUUAGUAAAUAAAAAACAAUUUAAAAGUUGGCAUUCGCGCGGUUGCUUUAUUUCCCCGCAGAACGUCCAGCGGCUGGCAGAAAGUCUUGCGUAUCAAUUGGCGUCGGGCGAUUGCAUCACAAGAAGGGCGUUGGAGGUUUGGCUGCAGGGAUCGACGAUAUUCGGUCAGCUUUUGUUGUUUGUGUUCACGCACUUGUACAGUAUUUCACAUCGAGAUAAAACGAUACAGAACGAACGUACAAAUAUUUCGCAGUGUACAAUUGAAGAGCCGAACACUGAGUGUAGUAAGACACGCAGUCUUGUGCCAUUUUGUAAAGGAUUAGAUUUAAUUCCUUCGUUUCCUAGUAUACUCGAUUUAAGUCAAUUAGUUUUUAUUAACGCUCAUUUACCUCAACAGUACCAGUUAGAGUGGAGAUUUCUAUUUUCUUCCGAAAUUCAUGGGGAGUCAUUUUCAACUUUAAUAGGUCGGAUAGUGGAUCAAGGUCCAUCCGUGCUUGUAGUUGAAGAUCGAAACGGACACAUGUUCGGUGGUUUUGCUCCAGCAAAUUGGUCUCUUGGACCUAAAUUUUUUGGUGACGAUAGCAGUUUUUUGUUUACUUUGGCGCCUCGAAUGCGCGUCUUUCCAUCAACCGGAUACAAUCAACAUUUUCAAUAUCUUAAUCUACAUCAACAAACCUUGCCAAAUGGAUUGGCUAUGGGUGGUCAACAUAAUUACUGCGGACUAUGGCUUGAUCAAAAUUAUGGCGUUGGUCAUACUAGCGAGACGUGCACGACCUAUUCCGGUUAUUCCCAAAUGUCAUAUUCGAAGGAAUUCAACUACCGGCAUUUGGAAGUUUGGGGUUUAGGUUCGCCCCCGCCGACACCUCAGGAGAGAGGCGAACGUGUCGGAAUGAGCGUUCUCGAGGGUAAUCAGGAAAGUAAAGCGAUGUUAAAGAUGGCCGGUCGUACAAUUCACAGUGAAGGUUUCAAGGAAACCGAAGCGCCAAUUUAGAGAUUAAAAAUGAUAUUCUAAUAUUUCUUUUACGUCUUGGCUCUUGAUCAUUUUAGAUAUGUUUACUAGUCAUUAAAUUAAGUCCACGGCACUCAACAUUCCUCGUUUUAAAACUGUGUCUCUUUUAUAAAGUUAUUGAUAUUUUUAAUUGUAUGAAACAAGUGUCUUGCAAUUUAAAUAACAUCGUACUCCCAUUCCGUGACUAUUUUAAGCAUAAAGGAUGUUGUAUUAAUGUUUUUUAUAAUGACAAAAAUUUU